AUGGUGCAUCUAACUGCUGUCGCAGCGGAGGUGACCUCCGUACAGACGGUACGUCUGUUCGACGACAUGGUGUUCAAGCACCAUGGCAUGCCCAACGACUUUGUGUCGGACUGCGAUCCGCGCUUCACGGCGCGUUUCUGGCAAGAAGUGUUCACACAUCUUGGAACGCAGUUCUCAAUGUCGACUGCGGAUCAUCCGCAGACGGACGGGCAAACCGAGCGCGGCACAGACGCGGACAAGACCAAUGAGCUGAACCCGGGGUUCAGCUCUCAAGCAAUGGACUUUGUCCAGGAACGACAAGCAAUAGGCAGAAGCUGA